AUGAGGUAUUUCGUUUUGGAGCCUAGGCUUCUUGCUUAUUACAAGAAGAAACCACAAGAUAAUCGGGUACCAAUCAAAACCUUGUUGAUUGAUGGGAAUUGUCGAGUAGAGGAUCGAGGCUUGAAGACUCACCAUGGACAUAUGGUUUAUGUUCUAUCUAUUUAUGACAAGAAAGACAAGUAUAAUCGAAUCACGCAUCAGGAGUCCCAAGUUCCCAAUGGUAACAAAUAUGUCUCAUUCGAAUACAAAUCUGGGAUGGAUAAUGGGAGGACUGCUUCUUCAUCAGAUCGUGAAAGUCAGUUCAGUGCACAGGAGGAUGAAGAUGACAGUCAUCCAAAUUUGUUGCGGAGAACAACCAUUGGAAAUGGUUCUCAUCCUUUCCUUCUCUUAUUGACUUCAAGUCCUCCUGCUUCAGUAUUUGACUGGACACAAGAAUUCGACUCAGAAUUGACAAACCAGAAUGCCGACAACCAAGCAUUCUCUAGAAAGCAUUGGCGUCUUUUACAGUGCCAAAAUGGACUCCGCAUUUUUGAAGAGCUGCUUGAAGUCGAUUACCUUCCAAGGAGCUGUAGUCGAGCAAUGAAAGCUGUAGGUGUUGUUGAGGCUAGCUGUGAAGAAAUAUUUGAACUUAUAAUGAGCAUGGAUGCUACUCGGUGGGAUUGCAGUUUCCAGUAUGGUAGUUUAGUUGAAGAGGUAGAUGGACAUACAGCAAUACUCUAUCAUAGACUUCAGCUGGACUGGUUUCCUAUAUUUGUGUGGCCACGUGACCUUUGCUAUGUGAGAUAUUGGCGGCGAAAUGAUGACGGCAGCUAUGUUGUUCUAUUUCGUUCUAGAGUGCAUGAGAACUGUGGUCCACAACCAGGUUAUGUGCGGGCUCAUAUCGAGAGUGGAGGUUUCAAUAUUUCCCCUUUGAAACCUCGUAAUGGGAAACCCAGAACACAGGUGCAGCAUCUUAUGCAGAUUGAUCUAAAAGGAUGGGGUGUGGGUUAUGUUUCAUCAUUUCAACAACAUUGUCUUCUUCAGAUGUUAAAUAGUGUUGCUGGAUUGCGUGAAUGGUUUUCCCAAACAGAUGAGAGAGGUGCCCCUCCAAGAAUACCUGUUAUGGUUAAUAUGGCUUCAGCUUCUACUUCAUCAAAGAAAAAUGUAAAGCUGCAAGAAUCUUCUGUUCAUCCUACUCCACCUUCUCUCGAUCAGAUGAAUGCUGCUAGCAGAAACUCUGUAAUGAUGGAUGAAUACUCCGAUGAGGAUGAAGAAUUUCAAAUAGCUGAAGAAGAACAAGAGGCUUACCGAACCAAGCAUGAGAACGAUGCAAAGAGAACAGCCUUGGAAGAAGAACCAGUUGAUCAAAUUGAUUUAUCCUGUUUUUCGGGCAAUCUACGUCGUGAUGACCGUGACAAUGCCCGUGACUGCUGGCGAAUAUCUGAUGGAAACAACUUCAGAGUUCGCAGCAAGCGUUUUUGUUUUGACAAAUCAAAGGUCCCUGCAGGAAAACAUUUGAUGGAUCUUGUUGCUGUUGAUUGGUUCAAAGAUACAAAAAGAAUGGAUCAUGUUGCCAGGCGUCAAGGAUGUGCAGCGCAAGUUGCUUCAGAGAAAGGACUUUUCUCUGUGAUUUUUAAUCUGCAAGUACCUGGUUCAACACACUACAGUAUGGUAUUUUAUUUUGUGACAAAGGAAUUAGUACCUGGAUCUCUCUUGCAACGGUUUGUUGAUGGUGAUGAUGAAUUCCGCAACAGUAGGUUUAAGCUUAUUCCAUCAGUUCCCAAGGGUUCAUGGAUUGUGCGGCAGAGUGUUGGAAGCACCCCUUGCUUAUUGGGAAAAGCAGUUGAUUGCAAUUAUAUCCGUGGUUCCAAUUACCUAGAGGUUGAUGUUGAUAUUGGUUCUUCUACUGUUGCAAAUGGAGUUUUGGGGCUUGUAAUUGGUGUAAUUACAACAUUGGUGGUUGACAUGGCUUUCCUUGUACAGGCUAAUGCUACAGAAGAAUUGCCAGAGAGGUUGAUAGGUGCCGUCCGUGUUUCUCAUAUAGAGCUCUCAUCUGCUAUUGUUCCCAAACUGGAUCCUGAUCCGUCAUGA